UUAUCCCAAAAUAAUCCCUCCAAAAAAUCUAAAACCCUUUAAAUAUUCUCACCUUCCUCUUGGCUUCAUAUUCCCACUCAACUCCAAAUCCCUAAAAAUAAAAACCCCCGAAAUUUGUUGAUCAAAAUGGCACCGAUUGAUCCACAUUCAUACACAGAUUCAUCAAACCCACUAACAAAUCACAUCUCACUAUCACUCUAUUUCAAUUUCUCAUCAUCAACAAUCAAUGGUUCAUCUCAAUUAACACUAUCAUCACCUCAUACCGGUCCACUCUUAUUAGACACCAGAUCAUUAACAAUCACAUCAGUUCUUGAUUCAAAAACCCUAACUCCAAUCCCCUUUGAGUUAUCCCCAGUUAUUGAUCCAAUCAAAGGGCAAACCCUAACAGUUACACUAUCAAAUCAGUCAUCAAUUUUGGUUUCUUUUGUUACUAGCCCUUGUUCUUCAGCUCUUCAAUGGUUAUCUCCACCACAGACGUUUAAUAAGAGUUUGCCUUUUGUUUACACACAGUGUCAAGCAAUUCAUGCUAGGUCAAUUUGCCCUUGUCAGGAUACACCAGCUGCAAGGAUUUGUUACUCAGCGAGGUUAAAUGUGCCGCGUGAGUUGUCGGCAGUUAUGGCAGCGAAGCAUGUGGAACGAAGGUCUCCUGUGGCGGGGGAAGCUGGUGUGGCAUGUGAUGAGGCUUUGUGGUGUGCUGAAGGAAGAGUGGUGGAGGAAUUUGUUAUGGAACAACCAAUUCCGCCUUAUUUGUUUGCAUUUGCUGUUGGGGAGCUGGGAUUCAGAGAAGUUGGACCGAGGACUAGGAUUUAUGCAGAGAAUGUUGUGAGUGUGUUAGAUGUUGCGGCGAGGGAAUUUGCGGGGACGGAGGAGAUGAUUAGACAGGGGGAGAAGCUGUUUGGUGCUUAUGAAUGGGAAAGGUUUGAUUUGCUUGUUUUGCCACCAAGUUUUCCUUAUGGUGGAAUGGAAAAUCCAAGGAUGACUUUUUUGACCCCUACUGUUAUUAAGGGUGAUGCUAGUGGUGCACAAGUUGUUGCUCAUGAACUUGCCCAUAGUUGGACUGGGAAUUUGAUUACUAACAAGACAAAUGAAGAUUUCUGGUUGAAUGAGGGUUUUACGACAUAUGCAGAGAGGAGAAUAGUUGAGGUUUGCCAAGGCGAGGAGAGAGCUGCUUUGAAUAUUGGAAUUGGUUGGAAAGGUUUAAAUGAAGCUAUAGAAAAGUUCAAGGAUAACUUGGAGUUCACUAAGCUCAAGAAUAAGCAGGAAGGAGUAGACCCAGAUGAUAUCUACUCAGAAGUGCCAUACGAGAAAGGUUUUCAGUUUCUGUGGCGCAUUGAACGACAGACUGGACGCCCUGCAUUUGAUGAGUUUCUUAAGAAGUACAUUUCGACUUUUAAAUUCCAAUCCAUCGAUACGGAAACUUUCCUUAAUUUCUUGAAAGCAAAUAUUCCUGGAAUUGAGAAGGAGGUUGACCUGGUUCUCUGGACUGAGGGUACUGGUCUCCCUUCAGAUGCGUAUGAAACUGAAUCCAGUGUCUACACUAAGCUUGUUUCUUUGGCUAAGGAGUUCAAGGUUGGUAGGAUGCCAAGGGAAGACGAGGUAGCAGAUUGGCAAGGUCAGGAAUGGGAACUCUACUUGGAGAAUGUGCCCAGAUCUGUUGAAGCUUCACAGGUUGCAGCUCUGGAUGCACGUUACAGACUAACGGAAUCAAAGGAUUAUGAAGUAAAGGUAGCAUUCCUCCAGCUCGCUUUGUCUUCUGGAUGCAGAGACUACUACAGUGAAGUGGAGAAAACUUUGAAGGAAGUUGGAAGGAUGAAGUACCUCCGUCCUCUCUACACUGCACUAGUUCAAGGUGUCGAAAAGGAAGAGAGUAAAAUCUUGGCUAAACGAGUAUUUGCUGAAGCUCGCGAAUGUUAUCACCCCAUAGCCCAAGGUGUUGUCGAGUCUAUCCUUUCCAAGCACAUCUAAUUGGGAUAUUGACAAGUCUAUUUUCAGAACUUAAACCAUAGUUCCCUCUUCUUUUGUCCAAUGUUUUGCUUUCCUUCCCCCUUUUUUAUUUCUGCUGUGUUCCUUCAGCUUUUUCCGCUUGUUCUUGACAAAUAACGGUUUAACAGUGAAUAAUACGAUACAAGCAAUCUUUAGAUUUUACAGGUUGUUUAUGA